AUGUUGAACCAAAUCGUAGACUUGCUCCAGAUGGUUGGUUGGCAAACGGCUGUUCUCUUCCUCGUUGUGUUCUUCAUUGGACUGUACUGGAUUCAGCAGCCUGUGAAUCUUCCACCAGGACCGACUGGUUGGCCAGUCGUAGGCUGUGCACUAAAAGUCAAAUCAGGAGAAACUCAUAUUGCUUUCACCAAUUGGUCCAAGCAGUAUGGGGUAGUGUUUAGUGUACGACUUGGCCCUCAGCUCUUCGUAGUUCUGAAUGAUUUACGCAGCAUCAAGAAGGCCUUGCACGAGCAAGCUGAUGACUUCUCCGAUAGACUGGUUGUAGAUUUUGCGAAACUACUGGGAGUGGAAGGCAGUGUCGUUUUUGAAAAUGGCACUGUUUGGAAGGAGCGUCGUCGGUUUGGUCUCGGGGCUCUGAGAAGCUUUGGUAUGGGCAAGAAAAGCAUCGAGCAUUCCAUCAACGAGGAAUCACGGUACCUCCUCGACGGCUUUGCUGACAAACAAGGAAAACCAUUCGAUGCCACACACCUCAUCAAUAAUGCCGUCUCCAACAUCAUUUGUAAAAUUUGCUUCGGUUACAGGUUUGACUACUCCGACCCCAAGUUCGCUGAGCUUAUUGCUAUUCUCGGAGAGCAAUUGUCCGAUAGCUCGUCUCUGUUUGCUAACUUUAAGUCGGCUGCGUCUGAAGCUCGGACAAAACGAAAUGCCGAAUUCAUCAUUGAUUUUGUCCGUAAAAUAGUCCAGGACCACCAUCAAUCAUAUGAUGAAAAUGACAUCCGGGAUAUUAUUGACAUGGGAAUAGCCGAGGUCAAGCAGUCAAAGAGCAAGGAAAAACAUGGUGGUCGAAAUAAGAAGGAGUUCUUCAACGACGGUGCACUUAUUCGAAGUGUUAUAUUUUUAUUCAUCGCUGGUACCGAUACAACGACCCAAACUCUGCUUUGGACUUUGAUGUACAUGGCUCUACAUCCUGAUGUGCAAAAGAAGGUCCAGUCUGAAAUUGAUGAGGCCAUUGGAGGGAGUCGUCAACCACUAAUGACCGACAGUCCUAACAUGCCGUACACUAAUGCCGUUAUAAUGGAGAUGCAACGCAUGCGUCCUGUGGCGCCUUUAGCUAUUCCCCGCAAAACUAGGGACGACACGACGCUGGACGGGUACACAAUUCCGUCAAACACGUGCGUGUUUGUCAACAUCUGGGCAGUACACCAUGAUCCUGCGACGUGGACAGAGCCAGAAAAAUACAACCCAGCCCGGUUCCUCUCUGCUGAUGGCAAGAGUGUCAUUCAACAUGGGUCACUCAUUACAUUUGGAACAGGUCGCCGUGCCUGCAUGGGAGAAAAUCUCGCUAAAUCCGAGCUCUUUAUUUUCUUUGUCAACAUCCUUCAACGAUUCACUGUUACCUUUCCAGAGGGUAAAGCGACCCCGUCACAGGAUGGAUCGGCUGGUGCUAUACUUGGCCCGAGACCAUACGAACUGUGUGGCACCAUCAGACGUACAUAAAUGUUUCAGAUUUGGAUCUG